UAUGAGUGUGUUCAGCGAUUUUCAACGGAUGUGGGUGCAGCGGUUUCCACAGAGUUCGCUGUCGGACGCCUGGGAGCAGGAUGUGCGCGCGAGCCUCGAGCGACACAAGCAAAAGAUCGCCGAACUGUCCAAGGAGCUCGAGCAGGAAACACUGUACGUGGAGUACCUCGAGCGGUUGCUCGGCGAUGUGGAAAAGUAUCGCGAAGCGGGCGGUGAUCCGUCAACGCUGUUCGAAGCGAAUUCGCCGGCAUCGGCCGCGAAUCUGUUGGCGGGUGGCAACAAUCAACUGCGCGACCCACCCGGCAAAGGUGAAGCGGUGCAGGAAGCGGUCGAGGAGGAAGUGAAUCAAAUCAUAAAGGCCGCGGCCAGUAAUCAGCAGCCUGCCGCACCAACAGCACCAUCAUCGGAAGAUGCGAACACACCCGGUAAAGCUACCGGAGGCGGCGAGUCAACCGAACCGGGUGUCCAGCUGCGCUCACGUGAUCUGCCGCCUAAUCGCAACAACAACAGUCCACUGAAUCAGUGCAUCAACGAGCUAACCUCCAAUCUGCACAGCCGCCGAUGCGUCAGCGAGCUGGUUGCAGCGAGCAGCACCAACAACACCAAUACAUCGAUCAACACGCCAAACGAUACGGCCCAACAGUCAACCGGCGGACAGCAAUCAAACAGCGCGAACGGUCCGGAACCGACGGCAAACGGUGCGACACACGAUGUACCGGGCGAGUCGGAACCGGAAGUUGGUCGUGUUACCACCAACCGGACGCGCAGUGCUAGCCAAAGUGAAGCGGCACCGUUGCUCGCCUCCCCGAGCCACUUCGUUACCGUGAUAGAGGUGAAAGAGUCCAAGAAUAAUAAUAAUGGUGGUGGUGGUGGUGGUACCGGUGGUGAUAAUUCAUCGCACGGCAGUGAUACACCGGUACCGUCCGCACCAAAGACGGCCAACUACGAGAAUGUGCUGAUCAAUACCGGUGCCCGGUUCGGUGGCAGUGUAGAGAAUCUGGUCGCCGGAGAUCUGCCACCGCAUCAGCAACAGCACACAAGUGGCGUCAGCAGCAGUGGUGGCAGUACGUUCCUGGACGCAAAGCAUCCGAAACCACCGGACCGAACCAGUGACGCUGGUGGUGGCAGUGGAAGCUUUACCGGAGGUAGUUCCAUCUCCGAACGUACCUCGCAACUGCUCGGUGCUUCGUCCGCUGCUGCCGACCUCAAGAAAAAGGUUCCACCGCGUCCACCACCAAAAUAUGUACGCCGUGCGGCACCGGUCGAACCGCCGACCGUACCCACGAUGGCUAUGCAGAACCUGCGCAACAAAGACACAGCGUCGAGCGGUGGACCGAACGCAAUCAACUACCAGCAGUCCCAUUCCUCGCCCGAAGCGUCCGGCACCCCGGACAGUCCUGGGGCUGGGUCGAGUUCGCUCGAGCGCAACAUUAAACCGUCGGAAAUCUAUCGCCAGAAGUCGUCCGAUUCGCUCGAUGUGAAGCUUUCCGGUUACCACGAACCGGGCAAAGCGCGUUUGCCAAAGUCCGACAGUCUCAAGUCGAAAUCGUCCAGCACGGAUAGUCCUACCGGGUCGCUCGGCAAGAUGGCUAGCGGUGGUACGCCCGGUGUCGGUGUAUCGCCGACCGGUAGUCUUGGUAAGCUGCCCACCAACAUGACGGGUAGUAGCAGUGACAGCCCCACCGGGAGUCUUGGAAAGAUGAACCAAACGCAUCAAACGCCACCGUACGCCCACCCAUACCAACAGCGACACGGUACGGAUGGGUUACCGCACGUGGAUUCGAAGGAAUCGCUUACGUCGACUGGUGGUGGUGGUGGUGGUACAGGAACGAUCGGUAGUACCGGAGCAGUUGGUCCAAUCUCGGAACGGAUUAAAAGCUACGAAUCUAUCUCAUCGCUCAGCUCGGAUAGUAUGCGCGCAAGUGGACAGCAAAGCCAGAAGGAUCAGGAGCACUAUUACGAUACGGUGCCGCUCGAUAACAGCGAUGGUGACUACGUGUACAUACAGCCGGGCGGAGUCGGUACCGGUUCGACGUCGAGUCGGGACGACAUCUCUGCGGUGGAAAAUGCGAGCACGCUACUGAUGCCGUCGCAUCCGCGCAGUCACAACAGCAGCCAAACCAGCGUACAGCUGGAACCAGAAUCUCCUGGGCGUAGCAGCAACUACGUCAACAUUGAGUACUUCAUCCACUCCAGUCAGAACAAUGAAAAUCGUAGCAGUUCCAUCGAUAGUGACGGAGAAGGCGACGGUGGACCGCCGGUACUGAUGCGUGCGAUCUCGACCGACACGGAUGCCGGUAGUGGUGUGGUUGGUGCGGGAGUUUCUCCCGGCAUUGGUGGCACACCGAGCGGUAGCAAUCUGUUCCGUAAAAUAUCGAACGCAAACCGCGACACAAUCAUCCGGCGCAUCGUUACCAGCAUCAUCACGAGCGAAACGCUGUACGUGGAGUGUUUGAACAAGAUGAAGCAGUACAUGAAGGCGAUUCGGGCGACGCUUACCACUUCCCAACCUGUGAUAUCGGAGGAGGAGUUCCAGACGAUCUUUUACAAGAUCGAGGAAUUGCACCAGGUGCACAGCGAGUUCUUGACGGAGCUACAGGCACGGUUGGCCGCCCCAGAUGAUGCGGCUGCACCGGACAGUGGAGGAUUGUGCGUCGGUGAACCGUUCCGUGCGCUGGCCGGACAUAUACAUCUGUACGGUGCGUUUUUGCACAAUUAUGGGCGUGCGAUCGAUACGGUGAAGAUGUGCAGCACACACAGUCAACAGUUUAAGGAGAUUGUGUCGAACAUUGUGUUUAAGAACCAGAACGAGCAGAAGCUAUCGCUGGAGGAGCUGUUGCACAAACCGGUCGCCCGCCUGCAGAAGAAUGCGCUCGUACUAGAGGAUCUGCUUAACCAAACGCCCGAACAGCAUCCGGAUUAUCAUCCGCUGCGGCAAGCAUCGAAAGCGAUACGCAACUUCCUGUCAGAGUUUAACGUUGUGCAGACACGGUCCAUGUUCCCGAGUGACGAUAAAGCCCUCCGGCGGUUGGUGAAGAACUCCUUCAUCGUCGAACUAGCGGACGGACAUCGGAAGUUGCGCCAUCUGCUACUGUUCAACGAUGUGAUUGCUUGUGCGAAAUAUAAAGCCGUUGGUCGCGCUGGUGAUCGGAACGGGUUUGAGUUCGAGCUGAAAUGGUUCAUCCCACUGCGAGACAUUCUCAUCUGCGAAGAGUCGGCAAACGAUCCGAAGGAAACGAGCCCGAUCAAUAUUGUGCACCUCAAGUCACAGGCUUGCACCGUGCGCGAUCAAAUUAUGCUGGACGAGAAGGAUCGACCCGGUGGAUCAAGUCGAGCGGGCGACAAACACCGCAAGAAGCUAGCCGACCUAGAGGCCCAACUGGUAUUGGCUUCACCGAAUCUGGUAUUCAAGAUCGGUAACAAGGCGACCGGUAAAACGAUGACGUUCUUCCUUAGCUCGGACUUCGAGCGUACGCAGUGGAUUGAGUCGAUACUGUCGUUGCAGCAAUCUUGCAACCUGCCCGGACACAUUCCAGUUCAGAUUUAUGAUUUGCACGCGUGGAUAACGGCAUGUCAGUCGCUCAUCAAAACCGAGAUGGGUUCCUACCUGAUGCGCAAUGCGCGCGACGAAAGCUUGCUCGUCGGCGAUCUGCACCUUACGAUCCAGGGUUUGGCCGGGUUCGAUCAACCGUGCGAUCUGUUCGUGUGUGUCGAGAUCGACUCGUACGGGCACUAUUUCCGCAAGGCCAAAACGAAGCUGGUAUGUCGGAGUGCCACGCCACAGUGGAACGAAUCAUUCGUGCUGGAGCUGGAGGGAAGCCAGAAUCUGCGCAUUCUGCUGUAUCAGGAUGACGUUCAGCGUCCGAUAUUGCGUGCGAAGCAUAUCCUCAAACUAAGCCGCAGCUGGAUGCAGGAAACACCCACCAGAAAGGUGCUGCAGUUGUCGGAAACGCUCAGCAUCAGCACGAUCAUACGAUUCGUACCGGGUGAGGUGACAUUGCGCCGGGUACCGACCUCGAAACCGGGCGCACUCUUUGGUGCCAAAUUGCAGCAGGUGAUCAAGCGCGAGAAGCGUGACAUUCCAUUCAUCGUGAGCGCGUGCGUACGGGAGGUUGAACGACGCGGCAUGACCGAGGUAGGCAUCUAUCGCGUGUCCGGUUCCGCGUCCGACGUCGCCAAGCUGAAGAAAUCGUUCGAAACGAAUGCGUACGAAGCGGAACAGCUUCUAAAGGAGGUCGACAUCCAUUCGGUCACCGGGAUACUGAAGUCGUAUUUGCGCGAUCUGCCCGAAGCACUGUUUACCGAUCAGUAUUAUCCGAAGUUUUUCGACGCGUUCAAUCGCCAUUCGAACCUGAGCGAGGGUUCCCGCAUCCACGAGCUGCAGCGCAUCUUUGCCGAGCUGCCGCAACCGAACAAAGCCACCAUUAACCUGCUGCUGGACCAUCUCAUGAGGGUACAUCAGCAAGAAAUCGAAAACAAAAUGUCGCUCCAUAAUUUGGCGAUGGUAUUUGGGCCGACACUAUUGCGACCCGGGCCAAGCGCGACCAAGCAGAAGGAUCUGCUAGAAUCGAGCACGGCCGACGUGAUGACGCAGGCCGGCAUCCUGUACAGCUUUCUGCAGGCUCGGCUAAAGUAGUUUA